GGGGGAUCAGUGGAGGGCUAUGGGGGAUCAGUGGAGGGCUAUGGGGGAUCAGUGGAGGGAUGCUAUGGUGGAUCAGUGGAGGGCUGCUAUGGUGGAUCAGUGGAAGGCUUUGUGGGAUGGAGGAUAAAGGGAGACACAUGUAUGCAGAGAGAGACAAGUAGGGAGCUGAGGGAGGGUCGCUCUGGGUCUGACCUGGCUACAGUGCUGGCAUAUGAAGGCAGCAUUUGGAAAUGGUUGCCUUUUCUCGGGGAUACAGGGCUUUUAAUUUAGAUGAGGAUGGUAAAACGAUGGUUGAAUUUAGAUGAAGAUAGUUUGUUUCCCAGUAGGUGGCGGUAUGUGCUGUACAGGCGUAUAAACCACCAAUACAAAAACAAAGAAGAAGAAAAUUUGAAUGUUCUGUUCGACUCUAGACCCAAUGGUGCACGACGGAUCUUAGGACCCAGAGAGUGCACAGACAGGAGCUUCUAUGGUGGUUAAGCUUGGAGUGAGUUUUUCAUGGAGGCGGCAUGUGCUGUACAGCUGUAACCCACCAAUAAAAAAACGAAGAAGAAGAAAAUUUGAAUGUUCUAUUCGACCCUAGACCCAAUGGUGCUACGGACUCUGAAUCCAGUGCCCUGGUGUUGCCUUUUGCUGUUUGCUGUCGUCAUGACGAGUGCAUGUGGUCGAGCGGAAUAUAAUACUGGAAAGGAGUGCUGCCCAAUGUGUAGUCCUGGUAAUUAUGUGAAGCGUCACUGCACUGAGGAUAGAAGUACCACAUGCCUGCCUUGCCCACCCUCGUCCUUCACUGAUAAACCUAACGGACUACUCAGAUGUUUAUCAUGUUCAAUCUGUGAUUCAAGUGCUGGUUUGAGAGUGAAGAGGGCGUGCAGCUCCACUUCAGACUCACUCUGUGAGCCUCUGGAAGGUCACUACUGUACUGACCCAAUCAAAGAUGGCUGUCGAGGAGCUGUGGAACACACAAAGUGCUCACCAGGGCAGUACAUCAACCAGACAGGUACAGCAUCCACAGAUACUGUGUGUGUGGACUGUGUAGGCGACACAUACUCAGAUGGAUCACUCACAUCCUGCAGACCACACACACGUCAUUCUUGUGUGAGCAUAGAAAUGCUCAUUUGGGAGACUGAUGGAACCAAACACAUCAGCUGUCACCACUACACCGCGACCAGCACCUCCUGUUUCUGUGUGUCCUGGGGUUUUCUGGGCCUCCUGGAGCUGUGGACUCAUGCUAAGGUGAUGGACUGUCCACCCUCCCCCAGAGAUACACAUGCUCACACUAAAGUGAAGGACUAUUGA